GGCCCGCUGUCUCGGCUGCGAAGGAAGGCGCUGCCCCCAGUAGCUCUCGCUGCUCCUGCCCAGCGCCGGCCGGAGCGGAGCCGGAGUGACGUGAGAAGUGCGUCUCUGCGACUCAGGGGAUCUGUCUGCGCCUAGCGCUUGAACCGCUCCUCAGGCCUGACAUACGCCCUUGGAGAGGAUGGUUUGAGGGUAGGUGAACAACGCGCUCUGACUCGGCUCGCUUGCAGACCUUGGAAAAUGGCAGCAGCGCUGGGUGCCGGAAGCGGUUCUGCUGGGCCACCUGGGCUCCCCAAUUCCGUGCCAGGGCAUACCGCCCUGCCUGCAGUGGCUGUAUGGGAAUGGCAGGACGAGUUCGGCAGGUGGAGGCCAUACAGAGGGGGCGUGUGCAGCUUUAUCGAACAGGCGCUCCAGGCCCCUGCGCAGAAGGGGAGACGAUCGGGAGCCGGGCUGGCCAGCAGCAGUAUCCCGUUGGGGCAGGCAGAUGCCACGCUCGCCCCUUAUGUCAUCGACAUACCAAGCCUGAUGCAGUUCCGACAGGACACAGGAACCAUGCGAUCCGUCCGCAGACACCUCUUCGCUCAAGACUCCGCGGCCGGGCAGGGCAUCGUGUGGGAGUGGCAGAACGACGAAGGCGGGUGGUCUCCGUAUGAGAUGAAUGUCUGUGUGUUCCUGGAGCAAGCCUUCACGCAUGGCCUUCGGCACGUAGACCUGAGCUCCUUGGGCUACAGCUACGACAUUGAUUUUGUCUCGCUGGUCCAGACCAACAAGAGCUCCAGGUUCCGACGAGGUAUUCAGAGGCGCAUGGACACCCCGUAUCCGGUGACCACGGCCACGGGGCCCCUUCACACGGGAGUGGCUUGUUCUUGUCAGCAGUGCUUGUUGAAUAGCGGAACUGGCCCCAUCACCACGCGCUAUCGGCACUCCAUGAUAAACCUCCCCAGUUCGUCGGCUGUACCGCAGGUUUCCAGUCGGACAGCUGCACUAAGCUCUUCUGGGCUCGGCUUUGUGCCCUAUAACAAACCAACCUUGUCUGGAGCAAGGUCAGCGCCGAGACUCAAUACACAGAGUGCCUGGGCGCCGCCUCAGCCCGGGGGAGCCGGAGGCCCAAGCCCAGGACUGUCGGCGUCUAACGGAGUCAGUGUCCCGAAUCUGCCGGUCGAGAUGCCCAAGCCCAGCAAAGUGAACCAAGCUUUGGCAGGCAUGACGGCUAUGCUGAUGUCAGCCACUGGACUUCCUGUGCGUCUGACCUGUGCGCCACAACCUGCCAGCACCCGUAGACCCACUAAAAAACACAGCUCAGUUAAGGAAGGGAGGAAAGUGUCCAAGAAAGUGAGCCCAAGCGAGCACGAGCAGGUGGUGAGGAAAUACUUGGAAGAGCUGAGAGGAGCCCCCGCUGAUGAGGACUGUAUCAUCUGUAUGGAAAAGCUGGCAUCGCCCUCUGGCUACAGUGAUGCCUGUGAGUGCAAGACAAUCAAGCCGGAAGCGGUGGGGCAACUGACCAAAUGCCAGCACGCUUUCCACCUGCUCUGCGUGCUGGCCAUGUACGCCAAUGGGAACAAGGAUGGCAGCCUGCAGUGCCCCUCCUGUAAAACCAUCUAUGGCGAAAAGACGGGCACCCAGCCGAAAGGGAAGAUGGAGGUUUCAACUUUCACUCAGUCCCUUCCCGGCCACCAGGACUGCGGGACGAUACAGAUCGUGUACUCCAUUAGCAGGGGAAUUCAGGGGCCGGAGCACCCCAAUCCAGGGAUGCCAUACACAGCCAGAGGCUUUCCCCGGUACUGUUACCUUCCCGAUAAUGAGAAGGGCAGAAAGGUCCUGGAUCUAUUGAGGGUGGCCUGGAAGAGGCGCCUGAUUUUCACCGUAGGCACUUCCAGCACGACCGGCGAGAGCAACACGGUGGUGUGGAACGAGAUCCACCACAAGACGGAGAUGGACACCAAUCUCAGCGGCCACGGUUACCCCGACCCCAACUACCUGGACAAUGUGCUGGCGGAGCUGGCGGCUCAGGGCGUCACCGAGGCCUGCUUGAGACAGUAACUCGCCUCUGUCCCGGCUCCACGGCGCGUCUGUGCAAUGCACAGCGAAUGCCUGCUCCAGCCUCUGGCGGGCGGCUAGUGCACUUAUUCCUGUUGCCUUAAGUUCCUGUCUCUAAUCACUUGUGUUCUGAGCAAUAACAUGGUAUUUGGGAAUCACGUGCGGUCUGUUUUCUGGAGAGCAGGUUAUUUUUGUAUAAGCAAAGGGUCCUGAUGUUGGGAUCUCGGGCGUGACACCGGAGCGCUCCUGCUGCAGCCAGGGCAUGCUUGGAAUAUGUUCCCUAGGUGGCCGAUCAACUCGCUUCUCUGUGUACUUUCGAAGCCCUUGGGAAGUCCCAGUCCUGCUCCCUCACUGCGUAGAGGGACGUCUUGCUGGCUCUGGAUCAGCAAACAAGUGGCCAGAAAUGUCCGUACUCAUCUGGCUAAUGCACCGGAGCACUGCUCAGACACUGCCGAGUGCAUCCUUUCUCCCCCUUCUCCCCGGGUAGCUGAUUUAAUACAUGUGCUGUGCUCCUAAUAAACGCUGCAUUGCUAUGGA